AUGUGUGCGAGUCAACGGGCGAGUAAACCCGUAAGGCGCAAGGAAGCUGAUUGGUGGGAUCCUCUUGUGGGUUGCACCGCCGACCGACCCCGAUCUUCUGUGAAGGGUUCGACUUUGUCUGAUCUUCCACAUCAGAAAAGAAUUAUCCUUGGUAUUGUUAGGGAAAAGAAUGUUCUUGCGAAUGUGCAAAAUCUGUCAUCAGCCAAGCAACUCUGGGAGAAGCUUGAAGGGUUAUAUCAGGCUAAGGGCAUAUCAAAUCGGUUGUUGUUGAAAGAGCAAUUCCACAAUCUGCGCAUGGAUGAAGGACAAGUUAUUGCUAGCGGAUUCAGAACAACACACGGGCAUUGGUUGGCAUUGAUGCAAGGUGUGUGUUCAAGGCCAUCAAAGGAACUCAAAUUGGAUAACACAAUAGGGUUAGGCCCAAAUUGGCUUGAACUUCCAAGAGAUUUGACAUCAAAGAUACUUCACAUGCUUAGUGCCGUAGAAAUUGUGAUUAAUGCACGUCAAGUGUGUCCAAUGUGGCGGAACAUUUGUAAGGAUCAUUUCAUGUGGCGUACCAUUGAAAUGAUCAAUGGACGCAAAUCGCCACAUGAUUUGGAGAAGAUUUGUAUGUUUGCUCUUGAUCAUGGUCGUAAUCAUGUGGAAGAAAUAAAUAUUGAAUAUUUUGCUAGUGAUGAGCUCAUCAAACAUAUCGCUGAUAGAACUGGUAAUUUGAGACGCAUAAGGAUCUCAAAAUGCUUAGAUAUUUCGGAUAAAGUAAUGAGUGAUGCUGCCAAAAAGUUUUCACUAUUAGAAGAGCUUGAACUUUCAUUCAACGAUCUAUCUAAGGAUUCUCUUGAAGCUAUUGGUGAAAAUUGUCCACUUUUGAAAAUAUUGAAAUUUAACAGAACCUACAAAGGCAUUAAUUGUAUGUCAUACAAAGGUUUCAAAUGAGGGAAACAAGCCACAAUGCCUAAGUUACAACAUCUUCAACUUUGGGGAAACAAGCUCACAAAUGAGGGUUUAGUUGCAAUUCUUGAUGGUUGUCCUCUUCUUGAAUCUCUUGAUUUGCGCUUUUGUUAUAAUAUUGUUUUGCGUGGAAAUUUGGAGAAAAGGUGUUAUGAGAAUAUUAAAGAUUUGAGACAUCCAAACGAGUAUAUUGAUGAAAAUGACGAUGACGACGAUGAUUUUGUUUAUAAAUUUUAUUGUGAAUGUCGUGUUAGAGGUAGCAAAGGAAUGAAGGGGAAGAAGAUCACAAGGAUGGAUUAUUAUAAGUUUCAUUAA